CUUCAACACACUGACUCUCGGAGCACACUUUGGUUUUAAGUUACCUGCUAUCAACUACUUACAAACAAAGUCCAUAAGUUCAGGAUACCGUAUUAUUCAUCGAGAGGUGAACAGAAACGAUUUCUUUCUCGAGACUAUAACAACAUGUCGGAAUACUACAACCCCGGUAUACCUCCGGAGGAUGAGAACCGGAAUCAAACUGGAUAUCAGGGUCAAAAUCCAGGCCAAUAUCAGGAUCAAAAUAACGGGAUACAGAGAAAUCAGUGGAAUCCAAGUUUGAGCUAUCCAGGUUCCAUCGAGCCUGGUCGGGUUGGCUUCGCACCGAACGCUGGCCCGGCCACUUGGGGACAGCAACCUCAACUACAUCGGAUGCCCCAAGAGCACGAGAUGGAGCAAAUACACCCCAGGAAUCAGUGGCAUGCAAUGAAACAGACGAACCAGAGAAACCAGAGAAAUCAAAUGCAAAAUAUGUACCAGAUACCUCCGCAUAUUGCAAACCCGGCUCCAGCUCCAGCUCCAGCUCCAGCUUCGUGGUAUGGAUACAACCAUCUUCUCCAUGGAAUGGAUCUAGCCAAUAUGUCUGCUAUUGAACUUUUAAACCGAUUUCCUAUUUUUUUCGGUCAGCCUGACCCUGCUUGGAGUAAUACUGGCAAUAAUUCUGAUGCAUGUGCUGGAUCUGUGCCUGUUCAAAAUCAACAACAUGGAGGUCAACACAUUGCAGUUUAUCCCAAUGGGAGUCAUUCGAACGGGGGCUACCCUAUUCACGGUCAUGCCACUCCUCCUCCUCCUCCUCCUCCUCCAUCGCAGCCAUCGCCUGCUGCCCCAUCUACAGGUGGUCGCAGAAAGAGAGGUCGGGCAGCUUCUCCAAAUACUACGGCGCCCGCUCCGAAAAGGACGAGAAAUCUUGCGCCAAACGCAUCUGGCGCCGAGGGAGAUAACGCCAACAGUUCUAGAAUCCCUGAUCCAACUCCAAACACAACUUCAACUCCAUCAAGACAGCCCCAGAGAACCAGGAAACGGAAAGCAGAUAUCGAUGAGGAGGACGACGAUGACGAAGAUGAUCUUCCUUCGGAUCCCAGGCCGCCAAAGAAGCCCAGGAGGCGACCGGGUGCCACCAAGAAGGACAAGGUCGAUGACGCCGAGGCAGGCAAUUCUCGCAGGAAUCGCAAGAAAGAAGACAAUGAACUGGUCGAUCCAGGGACGAUUUGCAACUUCUGUGCUACCCACCCUGCGGCCUACGCCGCCAACCCGGUCUGUGACUGGGAACAGGUUCCCAACAGGAACGGCCCCGAGAUAUACAAUAUAGAAUGCAGCAACUGUGCCAACCAUCGCUCUCGAAACAAGGACCACACAGAGCUCGCCAAAACAGACGACCAUAUGUGUCGUGUUCGAGGCCCCAUAACGCCCUUGAUCAACUUCGAGUACAAAAGGUACGGCGAUCGCGAUCCUCGAACAUAUGUGAAGAAGACUUGCAACCAUUGUACCAGAAAGGGUUGGGAAGAGACGUGCGAUGUCGAUACGAUACUAGGCUAUUAUUGCCUCAAUUGUCGAAAACUGGGGAGCUGCGAGGUUGACAAGUCUGUGUUGCCCAUGAGACGGCCAAACAAGCUCACACGUCGACCGUGGUACCGACAUCCCUGCGAUCGCUGUCUCUUGUGUCACAAGACGUUCGGUGAGAUGAAGGGAGACGAGUGCUGUAGCUGGAUCACCAACAGGUCAGAGUGGGAGGACAACCGAGCCUGUAGACAAUGUCAACGGGACGGGGCGAAAUGUUUGGACCUUGGAACCCCCAUGGCCUCUUUUUCUCAGACUACCUGGCCCUCGAGCUGGAAGAUACGCACCGAGUUCGAGAAGGGAGGGAAAUGGCAUGAAUAUGCGAAAGUGACAACGGACACAGCUUGGAGAAAGCCGUGUCAGGCGUGCCAGACAGCUGGGAAAGGCACUGACUGUCUGGUCAUGUGGAUCCAGCCAGACCACGCGUGUGAGCGCUGUACGCAGUUUGGUGUUGACUGUUGGGUCCCAGAAGGUGAUGAUUUUCGACCGUAUCCAAUCUUCGAUUUGAGCAGGGUUGGUUUCGGACAAUUCACCCCAUUCAAGGUCUGCAAGCAAUGUGCAGAGGCUGGGAGAAACUGUGACCGACAAAGACCAUGUGAUAGUUGCAGACAUCACAAAGCGAAAUGCGAUCCUAUGAGUUACGACAAACCUGGAUGUAUUGAUCGCGCCAAGGUAGCCGGCAAGGAAAACAAAAGAUCCUAUAGUCCUGGUCAUUUGUACUAUCUGGCCUUGGGAUAUGGUCCUGACGGUGUCGACGAUAUAAAGGAUGGUCGACAGGUUGAACAUUGGAUUGGUCCUGCUGCUCCUGUGUACGGCCUGACCGAAAUCAAGGAUCGUCCACGGCAUUAUCGAUACAUAGCCGACGUUCAUCGACAUCAUCGCCCGCUAGGCGAUGCUAUCCCCCCUGUUACGACACCCGCCGUGUUACUAGAGGACACAACUGCCGAACAGUUGCGCGGGAUCAUUACUGAGCUUUGGUCAAAUAGCCAACCUCCAAAGAACGAUCUCCAAGCGUACCAGAAGGUUUGGAAGCUCCUGCGCGACAAUCAGAAUCUUCAGAUGUCGCAGGCCGGUGUGGAAAUCAACUUGCCAGGUCCGACAAGAAGCGUGCGCAGCUUUCAGGGAGGUCCUGUGCUCAUUGACAUUGAGAGGAUUCAUAAUCGUAUGCUUCCAAGUGUUUAUGGAUAUCCGAAUGCCACACAAUCACAGGGGACACCACAAAUACUGCCAAAUCCGCCAUACCAACCGCCGGUACAAUACAGAGACUAUCAUCAACAAAAUGCAUCGGCACCGCAAACACAGCUAUAUCCACAUCCAGCGGCACAGCAACCAAAUGCCCAUACACAGCAGCCACAGCCAAUUCGGCCAUCUCAAGACCCAGCAGACCAGCAUAUACAUAGUAGACCCGAAAAAGAGGUGUAUGGCCAGCCGCAGCAAGGACAACAAAUGUCCCCAAACCAAGUUCCGCCAUACCAACAAGAUUGCGGAAACUUGGAUCAACAGCGAUUAGACACCCAUUCACAGCACAAGGGCCAACCUCGAGAUCCAGCAGAUCAGCGAGAAAACGAAGAAGUUGCAUAUGAUCGAUACGUGGCUAACACCCUGCUGCGAGCACUACAAUCGCCGCCAGACCAAGGUAUAGCAGAUGGGCAAGAAACCGAAGACGUUGGACCCGGUCAGCAUCGGCUCUUUGCUGAUGACAGUGCCAUCCUGGCUCUGUCCGGGGCUCAUGAUGUUGAAAAUGACCAACAAGAGCCACUCACUGGUCCACAGCCUCAAGAUCAACCUCAAGAUGGAAUUGACAAAUUCAAAGAGAUGUCCUAUACAGAUCUUUUGAAUUAUAAACGCUCCCGGGUGAAUCGUGGGGAGCGCUGGCACAAUCCUCAAACCUCUAGAGGCGGCAAAAAGCCAUUGCAAGAGAGAAUGGCUCGCGGAAACAGGGUGCCCAAGAACGCAAACAAUCAAGAUGCUUUCAAUCCUUUCCUCGGUUUCACAUUCGGUCCGGACCAGAAACCUCGGUUCAAGGAAAAGCCAACGAGCUCACGCUGGAAGGUCUUCAAUCAUCUCGAGGGUAUUGACAUGGACGGAUGGCAUGAGUCAAAGUCUAAAGAGGCUGAAGAAGAGUCUCGGCCGCGCCUCUUUUCCAUUGUCAAUGGUCAAACAAACCAACCAGCACCUUUACGUGAUGUUCUUGGUGACGUGCCUUACGAGGAGAAGGGUGAGAGGACAUGGUGUUAUUGCGCUGAGCCAGGAGAGUGCGGAAGGGGUAAAUGUGGCUCUUGGGACACUGGUGAGCAAGGUCAGGCUACUUGCCAGAGUUCUGCCCAUCGCAACACAGCACCAGGAUACUUCCCAGUAUGCAAUGAUUGCACCCGAGGCAACGUGAAGUACUUGUUCCAGCAUGAGCACAAUCCCAUAACUGAAGGCGAACUGCUCAGCAUGCGUGCUUAUCUCUGCAAUGACUGUGCUGGUCAGAUGAGCAGCGGUGCUCCGAACGCGGCCCAGAAUCAAGCUGUCGGUGCCAGGCGGGUAUAUGGCAUUGCAGCUGAUGCAAAGCAUUACCAAAACAUGCAGAAACCCGUCAAUGACCCCUCGCAAGCCGCCAAGUUCAUCAGCAAUACCGAGGCUCUGACAGGCUGUUCGUGUGCCAACAGAAUGCUAGGAACAUCACUUUGCCGGUUCCAUAGAUUGUACUAUGCCGAAGAGGUUAUGAAACACUCGGCAUUGAUGCAAGAAUGGCGGCUGUCGCGCUUCAAGAAGGCAGUGUGUCCCAGUUGUCUUGCGCAAAAGCCUAGUGAGCAAAUCAAUGUUUCAGCGAACGUCGAUGGUUUUGUAACAGGCGCGCCGACGGCAUGGACUUGUGUUGUUUGCAAUGACUGGGUUGUGAAUGAACAGAACGACGGGAACAACCAGCCAACGGCGAUUGACAAGCCGCUGUGGAAUCUAAAUAUCGGGCGCGAACUUCUCGAUCCGCGUCGAGAGAUAACCCCAGGCAGGGUUCUUGGGGAAGAGGUGUCUGUCUAGAUAAUGGAUGGCUGAAAACAUUGGUUCAUGUGAAUUUAAGGUGGGAGGAUUCCGGAGUUUGGCGUUUCUGAGACAUAGAACCUAACAUAGUGAACCAGGGACUUAUUCACCCUGUCAUGCACAAGAAACUCAAAGGACGCACCGAGGAAUCUCGGAUCUGAAGCAUUCCGGAUUGUUUUAUGAGAAAGCCAU